GCGAUUGCGCUGUGUGCAUUCAAUGGGAAGCGGUCUGGAUAUUUGAGAUUUAAGAAGGGUGAUCUUAUUACGGUGACGAAAAAGACAUCUUCUACCAAAGAUUGGUGGAAAGGCAUCAUCGCAGGCACCUCCGGCGCCCGAAGCGGUACCUUCCCUGCCAGCUACGUGGAAAUG